AUGAAGACCUCCGUCGCUCUCCUUUCUGUUUCUCUGGCCUCUGCCAUGGCCACCCCUCUGACUCUUCGGGCUCAGAAGUGCAACGUCGCUCCCACUGCCUCGGCCAAGACAAACAUCCAACCUUACGAUGUUGCCGAGGCCGCCACCGCUGAGGAGUGCCAGACCAUCUGCGAGUCUGAUGAGGCCUGCCUCAGCUUUCUCUUUGGCCUUACGGCUCAUGCCACUACUCCCUCUUGCCUGCUCUACAAGGUCCCUGCGGCUCAGGUUCCUGCUCGCAGCGACGGCCUCCAUGUCUUUGACAAGGCCUGCUCUGCUACGCUCGUCCCUACCACAGCUCCUACCCAUGCCCAGCCCUGGGGUACUGCUCCCAAGAAGGUCUCUGUUCGCAGUGAGCAGAAGUGCAACGUCACUCCUACCGGCUCCAUCGACAAGAAGAUCCAGCCUUACCAGACUUCCACCAAGGCCUCAACCGCCGAGGAGUGUCAGACGCUAUGCGAGGCUGGCGAUGCCUGUCUCAGCUUCUUGUUCGGCCUCCCCGACAACUGCAGGGCCCCUGUCUGCAAGCUUUACAAGGUUGCAGCUGCUGAGAUCCCCAUCCGCAGCGACAAGCUGUUUGUCUUUGAUAAGGCUUGCCCCGCCAAGCUGGUCCCGGUCACCGCUCCCACUCACUCUGCUCCCCGCGGU